GCUGUAUUCCAGGAACUGAAACUGAAUAAUCCAUUCAUUCAAUACAAACACAGAUCUCACAGCCCUUAUAGGAGUGUUUGCCAAUAGCUUAUAAUAAGCACCACCAAGUAUUAGAAUCAACAGAGCCCAUCAGCUUGUGCACGAGCCACUCACUUGGGAACUCUACCACUAUUCUCCAGGUUUCUUCUGUCCGCUAUGACUGUGACAUGGAAGCUGAAGCUGCAAUAUGGAGCAAUGCUUUUCUCAGUGGUGGGAUGUGUUCUGACCUGCGUAAGCACCUUUGUUCCACUAUGGAAAUUUCUGAACUUAGAUCUCAACGAGAUGGAGACCUGGAACAUGGGAUUGUGGCAGGUAUGCGUAGUGCAGGAAGAAGGAGGGAUGGAGUGCAAAUAUUAUGAUUCCUUUUUGGCAAUGCCUUAUGAUCUCAGGAUCUCAAGGAUUUUGAUGUUUCUUGCCGAUGGCAUUGGACUCAUUGGCCUUGUCAUGUCUAGCUUUGGCAUAGACUGCUUAAAGUUUGAAGAAGAUAUAAAGAAGAAACUGACCAUCUGUGGAGGAAUACUCCUGUUGGUCUCAGGUGUCACUUCACUGGUCCCUGUGUCCUGGAUAGCCUACAAUACAGUCCAGGAAUUUUGGGAUGAGUCCAUUCCAGAUAUUGUGCCUAGGUGGGAAUUUGGAGAUGCUGUAUUCAUGGGCUGGUUUGGAGCUUUCUUUCUUCUGCUAGGUGGCUUGUUGCUGUUGUGCUCCAUGAUGAUUGCAACCAAGCCAACCUUUGCUCUCAACAAAACCUCAGGAGAACAGUAUCCGCUUGCACACACAUCACUCAGGUAUCCAGAUCGACUUGCACUUACGGCACUUAGGCAUCCAGAUCUGACAGUCUGACAGCUUUAGAGGUGACCAGAGACUUGUUUUAGAAUCUAACUUGGAGUUGGACUUGCAGCAGCAACAUCUUUGGUGGUCUGAACUGAUAUCCCUCUCUGCGGAUAUAUCAAUCUCUAGCUUGGGGCAGGGGGAGGACAUUUUCAUCUUGUUCAUUCAUUAAUGGAAAGUUACUGAUGUUUAGAAUAAUGGCUCUAGAUUAGAUUACAUAUUAUUUCAUGGAAUGGGGACAGGAUAUUUAUUUUGUUCUACUUGAAGUAGUUAUUGAAAGGUGGCAAAUACAGUUAGUUAUUAAAAGUAUAUUCUAUCUACAGUAUCUUCCUUGCUCUGUUUUUUUUUUAGGGUUAUAGUUCUUUUCUGUUAGGCGAAAAGCUGAACAGGGAAAAUGGAAUGUUUUAGCAUCAAAUUCCUGUAAUAUUGCACAGAUAAAAUCAGCAGUGAGUUGUCUAUAUAAUUCCACCCGAGGAUGCAAUAGAUAUUAGGAAUAAAUGCAUGUUAUACUUAUUUUAAGCAUAAGUGUUAUUUAUGAGCGAUUAGUAUUUCGCUGUUAGUUUGUU